UGUUUGCUUUAAAGAUCGGGACUCUUAUUUUGAAAUCCCACUCCCGCAGCCAAUCAGCUUUCAGCUUUAUAUAACGCAAACCGGAAGCGAUGUUAUGAAAACAAACAGACUCCACGCCCUGACAGCAAGGACCAAACAGACAGUUUUGAGCACUUUGACAGCAGCCAUGCUGAAAGCUGUGGGACAAGCUCUGUUCUCGACUGGACUACAGAACCCGAAAUUCACUGCAGAGGAGAAACAGGAACAAGACUAUGAGAUUCGCACCUAUCAUGCCACUAACUGGGUGAGCACGACUCUGAGUGGGAUGCAGUGGGAUGCAGCCAUGAACGCUGGGUUCCGCAGGCUCUUCAACUACAUUCAAGGCAACAAUAACAACAAGGUGAAAGUGGAGAUGACGGCCCCCGUGUCGUGCCGCGUGGACCCUGGAGCCGGCCCUGCAUGUGAGUCUCAAUUCACUGUAUCCUUCUACAUCCCAGAGGAGCAUCAGGACAAUCCACCGGAGCCGAGCGACCCAGAGGUGUUUGUGGAGCACAGGAAGGAGUUCACAGCUUAUGUCAGGACAUACGGUGGUUUCUCCAAUGAGAAAAUGAAGCGUGAAGAGCUCCUGAAACUUCUGGAAAGCCUGCAGAGAGACGGAGUCCAAUACGUCGACAAGCCGUUCUACGCGGCUGGCUAUGACAGUCCGUUCAAACUGACCAACCGCAGGAAUGAGGUCUGGGUCCUCAAGCAGGAGCCGGUGUAGGAAGUUUAAAGGUCACGCAGCACUCAGCCCACGAUAACUUUAAAUAUUCACUAAGAAAAAAAGUUUAUAUGAUCUCUUGAUAACACUCAGUUAGACAUUACUUAUCAACGUCCAAAGGGAAAUAAACAUUGUAAUUAUAGAAGUGUGAUGGAUGAAAUGGGAAGUUUAAAAGGUCACACUAACAACCAACAUUUGUCUUUUUUUAUUUAUUUCCUUUGACUGAAAAUUACUGAAUUAUAGACUCACUGACAGUCCUGAUAAUGAUUACAAGAGCUGUAAGAGGUCACCAUUAACAAACUGGAUACAGUGGGCCAAUAUUACCAGCAGGUGGAGCCAAGUAGUCAGGAAACAUUUUCUCUCUUUCGAUUCAUCUUGUUACAGAAACCUCAAGUGCCUCCUCACUUUAUUAUGAAUAAUAAUAAUAAUAAUAAUAAUAGUAAUAAUAAUUGAAAAUACACUAAUCUUCAGCUCUUGCAUUGCAUGCAUUAAUCAUUUCUACUUAUUCAGUGAUACUUAAAGGUAAAGAAAAUACCUUACAUUUCAAUAAUUUGAUAAUUCUGUAUUUGUUUUCACAUAAACCUUCAUAUAAAAAAAGACUGUGUGCAGGAUGAAGAAAUAAAGUCCAUGUUCACAUGUUUUCAAGUCUUAAAGCAGUACUUAUCGAUGAUUUUACAGUAAUUAAAAGCAUUAGUUGUCGCUACAAUUGUUACUCCUAAAGAUGUGGGACAAAAUCCACAGUCCUCAUUCUGUGUAAAGAUGCUCUCUAAAGUUGAGCCAAAGCCAAUAUGAGGCUGUGAUACAGUUAGUCUAGUUUAGCAAUUAUCAGCUUGUUGUUGAGUACAAAAUUCCUUCUUUGUGUUAUGGCGGCUCACCAAGGACAGACUGUUAAUGGAAACACAACACAAGACUUUUGUGUAAGAAAAUAAUGUAAUUUUUAUAAAGAAAUCCACUUAAUAAGCCUCAGAUUAUUUAAGAGAACUGUGGAUUACAUGGGGAAUCGCCGUAGGUAGGGUCUUCUUUGCAGGACAAAUAACACUUUCAGUGUAGAAGUUGAUAUGCUAUUAUUGUUUUUAAGAUGAACUUGGAAAAACUGUGAACUGAUCCUUUAACUCUGUUGUUCCCAUGCAGGUUUUUUUCCUCUUGUUAGUCAGUGGUCGUGUUGUGAAGGUGACUCCUUCCUGACAAAAUGUUGGUAAAUCUCAGUUUAUCUGAUCUCAAACCUGAUUUACCAUCACUCACUGCUAUCACACUCGUAAUGAUGAAAGACUGACUCACUGUAAAUCUGGACCAGUCAUACCUGCAUCACUCAAAAUCAACAAAAAACACCCCUCUGAUGAAUUAAUAAGUGUGUGGUUUUCCUGCUUGUGUACUUUAAACUCAGAUUUACUAACAUUUCUGGUGCUUGCUGUGUGUUGGAUAUUAGCAAAGAGUGACACUUACAAGCUAACUGAGUUUACCACUUUUUAUACAUUAAAUCAUGUUGAUCCUCAUAUGUAGAGUUCAUGAUGUACUAGAAAUUGUGUUUUUUAUCCAGAAGGGGUUUUACAUGGUACUUGAUAAGAUGAUGACACUGCACUGAUAAAUGAUUAAUGGGAGAUUUUUCAUACCCUUUUUUUUUUUUUUUUUAAAUGAUGUUUAAGAAUGUAAAAUUAUCUCAUCAAUAAUAAAUAUAACUCAGCAUAAAA